GUUUACAUCGAAGACCAAAAUAUGACACUUAAAAAACAUACAUGCUUCAUAUUUGCUUCGAAGACGCCUUUUUUUUAUAUAUAAACACAAGUCCAUUGAGCAACAAUUUUAGUUGUGGUCGGUAAAUUUCCAUUACUAUCUGAAAUUUGCAAGUUUCGUCAUCUGCAAAACUUCCCAACUCAAUUAUCUGAAAAAUGAGCGACUGAGCUAUGAACAAGCUCAAACCUCACUUCUUCACCACUCCAAAACCACGAGUACCACCACCUGAGCCUAUAAUCACCACCACAACAAAGUCAUUCAAUGCUAUAAUCAACCGCCUAUCGUCGGAAGGCGCACACUCCGACGUCCUCCAAUCCUACUCCUCCAUGUUCAAACACAAUACCCCUCCGGACGCCUACACAUUCCCUAGUGUCCUCAAAGCUUGUACUUCCUUAAACCUGCACUCUCACGGCCUUUGUUUUCAUCAACACAUCAUCGUUUAUGGGUACUCUUCCGAUGCAUAUAUAGCUUCUUCUCUAAUCGACUUCUAUGCCAAAUUCGGGCACACCCAUCAUGCUCGUCAGGUGUUUGAGAUGAUGUCUGAAAGAAAUAUUGUUCCGUGGACUGCUGUGAUCGGCUGUUAUUCAAGAGUAGGUGACAUCAAUACAGCCUUUUGGAUGGUUAAUCGGAUGCGACAUGAAGGAACUCAACCUAGUUCAGUUACCAUGUUAAGCUUGCUCUAUGGAGUUUCGGAGGAUACCCAAGUGCAAUGUUUGCAUGCUUUAACAAUACAGUAUGGUUUCGGGUUUAACACCGCUUUGGUGAAUUCUGUGUUGAAUGUGUACUGUAAAUGCGGAAGGAUUGAGGAUGCAAGGGACUUAUUUGAAUUGAUGGAUACAAGAGAUAUUGUUUCAUGGAAUUCUUUGAUUUCAGGUUACGCACAGGUUGGGGAUGGUAGAGAAAUAUUGCAGCUUUUACAUAGAAUGAGAGUUGAAAGAAUGGAGCCUGAUCAGCAAACAUUUGGGUCAUUGGUGUCUGCAAGUGCAAGAGAGAGUAAUCUUGAAAUGGGAAAGUUGGUGCAUGGGCAGAUAUUAACUUCUGGAUUUGAUUUGGAUUCACAUGUUGAAACUUCUCUUAUAGUAAUGUAUUUAAAAUGUGGAAACUUAGAUGAUGCAUACCGGAUAUUUGAACGCACUCUAGUUAAAGAUGUGAUCUUAUGGACGGCAAUGAUCUCAGGUCUUGCGCAGAAUGAAUGUGCAGACAAGGCAUUGACAGUGUUUCGAUGGAUGUUAAUUUCAAGAGUGAUGCCAUCUACCGCCACCAUAGCUAGCGUGCUUUCAGCUUGUGCUCAAUUGGGCUCUUUCUUUCUGGGAUCGUCAAUUCAUGGCUACAUCUUACGACAGCGAAUGGCUGUGGACAUUCCUACCCAAAACGCUCUUGUCACCAUGUAUGCAAAGUGUGGUCACUUGGAUCAAAGUUGUGCUGCUUUUGAUAUGAUGGAAGAAAGAGACGUAGUUUCAUGGAAUGCAGUUGUUUCUGGGUAUGCACAGAAUGGCCAUUUAUUUAAGGCCUUUUAUUUAUUUAAUAAAAUGAUGACAAGCCUUCAAAAACCAGAUUCAAUUACUGUUGUCUCGCUUCUUCAAGCUUGUGCCUCCAUAGGGGCACUCCAGCAGGGGAAGUGGAUUCACAAUUUUGUCACUAGGAGCUGCCUUAGACCAUGCAUCUUGAUUGACACAGCUUUGGUUGAUAUGUACUCUAAAUGUGGAGACUUGGACACUGCUAGAAAGUGUUUUGACAGGAUGUCACAGUAUGAUCUGAUCUCAUGGAGCACAAUAAUUGCUGGAUAUGGUAGUCAUGGCAAAGGGCAGAUUGCUUUGGAAAUGUACUUUGAAUUUUUGCACACCGGGCUUGAACCAAACCACGUCAUUUUACUAUCUGUUCUCUCUGCCUGUAGCCAUAACGGGUUGGUCAACCAGGGUUUGAGUUUGUUCCAUUCUAUGACCAAGGAUUUUGGCAUUGAACCAAAACUUGAGCACCGUGCUUGUAUUGUUGACCUUUUCAGUCGAGCAGGUAGGGUAGAAGAUGCAUAUGACUUCUACAAGAGGAUGUUCCCAGAACCGGCAGUGGAUGUUUUGGGCAUACUCCUUGAUGCUUGUCGGGCCAGUGGUAACGUGAAACUUGGGGACAUUAUUGCCAGAGAUAUUUGCAUGUUGAAGCCUGUGGAUGCAGGAAACUACUUGCAACUGGCACACAGCUACGCUUCAAUGGCCAGAUGGGAUAGUGUGGGUGAGGCAUGGAUCCAGAUGAGGUCUCUUGGACUGAAAAAGCUCCCUGGUUGGAGUUUUAUUGAACUACAUGGGACAAUUACAACAUUUUUCAUGGAUCAGAGUUCACAUCCUCAAUAUGACGACAUAUUGUUUGUGUUGAAAUUGUUGAGCAAAGAAACAAAGAAUUUUGGUAUAAACUCCAUAAUCAGCCAAUUUCACAUUAUAUAAUGCUGAAAAGAAGAGCUGAUUCUCACAAAAAAAGAAUCCAUAUGCUCAGGUUAAAUGGAUUAAAAAGAAAUCUCUACUGCUUUGGAGGAGACUACUGAUGAAAGAGGCAUAUUGUUCCUGAGGUGAAUGUUCCUGGAAUCUAUACAGUCAGUGUGUCUGGGAUACUUCUCGCUACCUGUGAAGCUUGCUAGUCUGGAAACCUCGUGCAGAAGUUUUGCACAUCAUGCGGCAAUCUUCCACAUGCUGAGGUUAAAACAUGGCUGAAGAAAAUUUCCUGGUCAGAUUUUUUAUUGAACUAUGUAGUGGAUGGAGCCAAUUACAGCAAUCUUUGGAGUUACCGUAUUGCUUCAUGAAUGCAAAAAAAAUUGUUAAAGUCGUGAAAUUUAUGGAGUCUUAACCCCAAACCCUGCAAGCAAGCUACAGUUGCAAGGAUAAACUUCAGAUAGAGGAUUUGAAAAAAAGCCACUAGCUCUGAUAAAAUGCUGUUGGUAAAGGAAACCUUUUGGCUUAUUCAUAAGGAUAUUCCCAAACUCAUAGGCAAUGUUAUUGGAAUACUCAAAAAGGGAUCUCAUCUCCAGAUUGGGAGACUGAAAAUUCUAAGCAAGUGGAACAUAAGUUCCCUGUUUUGUUAUGUCAGAAGUGUAUGAAAACUUAAUUUGGGAGCAAUUAGGGAAUGGUAACUCUGGUAAUUCCCAUCUUAAUUUCUUCAGAUUGUAUGAAGCAUGGACAAAGAAUUAGAGGAAAGUUCUACAGUUUUGUUAGCUAUGGGAAUUGAAGUUGCAAAAACUGAAAUUCUGGAAAACAAGCAGCGUGCUGACAUGGCUUUAUCAGAGACCCAAAAGAUGGCAUUUGCAACUCAGAGAUGGGAACCCGUGAAGAGGCAAGGAAAACUGCCAAUGCAGCAUGAGAACGCGGUAGGAAGGACUGAUAGAACGCAGUUCUGCAAUUAAUGCAAUUUGGAAGCUCAGGACUCACCAGAAAGGACUGAUAGAAGCUCCGGCUUCCUUUCUAAGGCUUCUGUUCCAUGAUUGCCAAGUUCAGGGAUGUGAUGCAUCAAUCC